GUUGCUUAUCAUCAAGAAGUUGUUAAACAAAGUUGUUCACGUAUUGACUGACCAAAAGACACUUUGUACUGUAAUGCAGCUAAAUAAUUCGAAUUUAUCGCAGUGUGACUAGACCAUUAACCUUUUAUCUAUAGUUAAGACUUCAGAUGAAAAGGAAACUAACUUCACAACGAGAUGGGAGUUGUGUUUUUUACAUGCGCUUGGAUUCUAUUUCAUUCUUGUCUUGCUUCUCGUAAUGAGGCACCAAAGAUUAGCAACUUUUAUUUCCCAUCCCGUGUUCUUGUUGGUGAUCAAAUUUCUGCACUUUGUUUUGCUGGUUCAUCGGGUUCUCCAAAGGUCUUUUCCUGGUUGAAAGAUGGCAAAGAUUUAUCUACUGCUUCAAACGUUGUGAUUAAAAUAGACAAAGAAUUUUCUGUCAUAAUCAUAAAUCCGGUGAGCUUUUCAUCUAGCGGAAACUACACUUGUGUGGCAGAAAAUGAUUAUGGAAAUUCUCUUUUCACCGCACAGUUGAAUGUUGUAUCUCCACCUAAAUGGACAAAAAAACCUUUGGAUUUAACUGUAAGUGUUGGAAAGGAUAUUAUCUUGGAUUGUGCAGCUGAAGGAUUACCUACACCUAAACUUAACUGGAAAAGAAUAGAUGAAACACAUAAUCCAGAGUUUACAAGACAUAUUGUGAAUUUAAAAUCUGGAGUCGGCACUCUAAUCUUAAAGGCAGCUGGAAUGGAAGAUACGGGAGAAUAUGAAUGUUCAGCUGGAAAUGAAGUCUCUUCGAUUAGCAGCCGUAUCAAAAUCAAAGUGAUUGCUUCAGAAACUGAAAUAUGCUAAGAGAGGAAAGCUUCCAGAUCUGCAUAACGUCAGUUGUUGCUUCAUUAUAAGUAUACCAUUCCUUUUUAUGCCGGUUUAAUGAAGCUUUGCUUAUGGGUUGUUGGUACACAAUGGAAAUCUCUUACGCGAUGAACAAAUCAUCUUAACAGUUUGUACAUGGAUAUUCAAAAAGCCGGAAAAUUUUAUACACAUCAAGUAAUUUGGUUAAAAAUUGCGAAAGCACCAUAUUUCGCACCAUAUACCUCUGUCAUUAAAUAUUUAUGGAAAGAAGUUUUAUGAUCGUUAUGAAAGGAGGUUGAUUAUUUUUUCGAACUUUUUCCUUUAAAUAUUUUGAAUAAUUUACAAUGUAACUAAGAAAUAUUCUGAACUUAAUUUCUCGCCGUUUCUUUUUCAUAAACUGAA